AUGAGGCCUACCGGCGCGAAAAGGAAACGGAAGACACACACAGUCACUAACUGCACACACUGUGCUCGACAAUAGAGACAAGACCACAAGAUAUGGCUUGAAAUACAUGAGUAUGGGAGAACAUCUAGUGCCUGUGUUGUUUAUAACAGCAAAUGUGGGUUCAGUGUUCGAAAAUCGAGAUGGUUUGGAGGAGCGCUGGAUUCGAGAAACAGUGACUACUGUAACAAGAUUCAAGCCAAAGUUAGUAGCACUUCAUUUUCAAGAAAGUGGAGGGAAAGAUUCUGGCGAAGAAUCCUUAGAAAAAGUUAAAGAAUUUGUCCGGAUCUUCAUCGAUCAAUCACUGCUGAAAGAAAAAUUCGACAAAGUGCGAGCAUGGUUCGAUCAAGAUUAUCGUACAAAAGAACAAUAUACGGCUCUUGGCUGUAUAUAUCUGGUAAGCAAGUCUUUAGAGGAUGUGUUUCUCUGGAAUUUCAAAGAAUCUACAUUCUCCAAGGUUGAGGGAGAAGAGAUACAAGUGGGAAAUCUGACAGAUGUCCCUUUCCUGGAGAAAGAAAAAUUUCCAUUGGAUUUUUUCCCCCAGUUCAAAUGGUCACGGAAGGGCUUCAUGAGAACAAGGUGGAAGAUCAACAAGUGUGUGUUUGAUUUGCUCAAUAUUCACCUUUUUCAUGAUGCUUCAAACCUGGUAUCCAUUGAGGUGACUCCAUCAGUGUACAGUAAAAAUCGCAUGAGAGCUCUUGAUCAUGUGUUGGACAGAAUAACAAAGAGUUCAAUUCCUGUAGUUCCCCAUACAGUAUUUGGUGACUUCAACUUCAGACUUGACAACAAGAGAGUGGUGGAGGCUCUCUGUGCUGGUCUUCCACAGCAACAUAUCAGGAAGGAAGGUGAGAGUACUCCUUCAAAGAUCAUCUACAGGGACAGAAAGAAGGCUGAUAAGGUUUUCCUUACACUGGAACCUCGAAUUUUCAAGUUUCAUGACCAAAGUAUAUUUCGAUACCACAAUGGAAAGAAGUUUUCAAAGUACAACAGAGAAUUUGAUGUCUUCAAAGACAGACUGUUUGAGUUUGAUAUUUCAUUCUAUCCAAGCUAUCCUUUCAGCGAAAAUGUAAAGGAUACAACAGUAUAUAGUGAUUCAAGGUGUCCAUCUUGGUGUGACAGAAUAUUCUUGAGUCACUCAAGCAGAGCCAUAAUUAACCAGAGCAAAGGUUCAUCAGUGGUGUAUGACAUGAUGGGUAAACAAGUCUGUAUGGGAGACCACAAGCCUGUAUUUCUAUAUUUUAACUUGGAUUCUUCUCAAGACACCCUUUCCCAAGGUGGACCUGGACUCGUCAGAAAUGGUGGACCUGUUGAAAUUGUAGAGUAUUUAACAAGUGUUUAAGGCUUCACAAUUUUCUGUCACAUAUGGAGUUUUAACCAUUCAAAAUUAUGCUCUCCAUGUGCAGUAAUUCAGUGUUAAUUUAAGUCUAAAGCAUAUUUAGUGCUCUUUUAGCCAUUAACAGAACUGACUACAUUGAAGUAGAUGAGAUUUGACACCAAGAGGAGUUUCUGUCCUUAGAAUCAAUCAAUUUUCUUGCACAAAGGUGAUGUGAAGAAAGAAACUUAACAAUUAGGGGAUCUUAUUUGAUCUGAUGCUUAAUAUCAGAGCUAAAAUUAUAAGAAAUUUAUGGCUAAAAGUUUAGAAAAUUUUUAUUCAGAUUUUAGGAGUAAAUCGGUUUGUGAGUGGAUUUUAAACAGUUUUUCUUUGCAUGGGAAGAUUACCUGAGGGCUCUGAAGUUCAAACAUAGAACAAACCGUAGAUGGGAAGACAGCAUAACCAAAAAAAAAAUGAAGAAAUAAAUCUAACAAUGCCUUAGAUUAUUAAUGUUUAAAUGAUAUGAAGAAUCAUAUAGUUAUGAAGAGGAACAAGAUUGUGCCUGAAGAGGUGUAGAAGUGUACUCAUAGCCAAUGCUAGUGUGGAAGGCAUUAAACAGGCUGGGGUUGGGUUAUUUAGGAUAUAGGUGCAUUCUCUUUGGUUUCCCCUUUUCUUUGUUUUGAUUAUUUUCACCCUGCCUAUUUUGUUUCUUUUCACACCUUUAGACAGACUAGUGAAAAGAUAUAAGUCUGAAGUCUCAGAAUUUUUGUUUUGUUUUUGUUUUUUUGCUUCAAUCUAAGGAUUGGAAACUUAAUAUCCACUGGCUGCCUUAUGCCUACGUUGGUUUCUGAUCGAGACAGGGUACAAAUACAUCUUUUUAUGACUGGGCUCUUUGUCCUGUUUCAAAUAAAAGCAAUCUCAUAAGAAGAGGAUUUGCCAAUUAAAAGUGAAAACGUUUUGUUCUCCACUUUCUGCCUUCCUCUUAACCCUCAUGGUGAACAAGGAAAGUAAGAAAAUUUAUUGAAACAGAUAGCAUCAACAUAUAGCUGAGAUUUUUUUUGUAAAAUGCAUUUUGUUGUUGUCAAAUUUAAUUCAGAAAUAACUUCUUGUAUAUAAAGGCCAGUUUUCAUUCAGUUGCACAAACAUAUUUGAAAUCAUUGAUUAAGUCCGGUUAAUCGGACUCCAAAGAUAUGAAGCGAUUAAUUACCAUUUCUACCAUUCUAUUUAUGUAUAAAAUUCCAUAUACGUUUAAAAUUACUAAAAAUGGAUCUUUCUAUUGGUCAUUCUUGAAUCAUGCAGGUGCUUUUUCACUUAGUCAUUAGCAGAGGUGCAAAAUAUUCAAGAGCAUGAAGAUGUUGUGAUUCAGUAUUAUAAGACGUAAUCUUGGUAUAUCUUGUGUAUAUAGAACAAGGAUUCAAAAAAUAAUAAAAUCUUAACAUUGGGUAA